AUGACCAAAUCAAUUUAUCAAUCUUUAGCACUUACUUUCUUGUCCUUCCUGUUGCUGUCUCCUUCAUCAGCACAUGACAAGAAAUUGCCUGAUGUUGAUUUCAAGGGAAGUUUCUCCACAGUCUAUGCUUUUGGCGACUCGUACACAGAUACGGGCAAUGCUAAGUUUCUCGGAGGCUUCAAUGCCUCAGUCGAUGCCAAAAACAUCCCAUUAGAGAAGUUGAAAUCACUAGCACUGGGAACAGUCGAAGCACUAGGAGGAAAUCCUACGGGUCGAUUGUGUAAUGGCAAACUCGUGACAUUGCUGGCUGCUGGAGCAAAAUAUAUUGUGGUUCAAGGACUACCACCUGUGGGAUGCCUCCCGAUGGACAUCUCCCUGUGUCCACUGCAAAACCUCAAUAAAAUGGGCUGCGCCGCAGCUGUUAACUCUGCAAUAAUGAUCCACAACCAAAUCCUUCAACGUAAUAUAGAAAAUCUCAGGAAAAUCAACCCAAAUAGUACAAUCGUAAGUACCAGAUUGAAGAACCCUUUAAAGCAUGCUGUGGAUGUGGUGAAAGUGGGUCGCCUCUGA